AUGAUGGGCCUAAACUCGUUGCCUGAUAUGGAAUUAUAUUGGUCUAAUGACCCAUUCUACAACAAUAAAGAGAUUUCGCAAGUCAUGACCAUUAAAAGAUUUAAGAAAAUCACUGAAAAUCUCCAUAUAAAUAAUAACGAAGAGGAGCCAAGAAGAGACUCGCCUAAUUACGAUAAACUUUUCAAGUUGAGGCCGAUGAUAACUGAACUUAAUAAAAAAAAUUCAGAAGAGAUGUAUAAUUCGAGCCAGCAAUCAAUCGAUGAAUGCAUGGUCAAAUUUAAAGGCCGAUCAAGCCAUAAGCAGUAUAUUAUGCCAAAGAAACCAAUUAAACAUGGGUUUAAGGUUUGGGCACGUUGUGACGCAAAAACGGGCUACCUUUAUAAAUUUGAAGUGUACACCGGUAAAGGUGACAGCAUAGAAGAAGAAGGUCUGGGAUAUAAUAUCGUGAAUAAACUCUCGCUUGACUUGCCUGAAAAUACGCUUCUAGCAUUUGAUAAUUUUUUUACGGGCUGUAAUAUAUUAGAAGCGCUGUAUAACAGAAAAAAUUUUUGCUAUAGGGACUGUAAGACCUAA